AUGGCUCUGGGACAGAUCAUGCUGUAUGUGGAUGGGAUGAACGGCCUGAUAGCUCACAAUGAAACGGUCCAGUGGCUCUACACUCUGGUUGGCUCUAAGUUCCGCCUGGUGGUGAAGACAGCGCUGAAGCUGCUGCUGGUGUUUGUGGAGUACACCGAGGCGAACGCCGCUCUCCUCAUACAGGCAGUCAACGGCGUGGACACCAAGAGAGGCACCAAGCUGUGGUCAAACGCCAUGGAGAUUCUGGAUGAGAAGGAUGGAGUGGACACCGAACUGCUGGUGUAUGCUAUGACUCUCAUCAACAAG